UCAAUCUCACAACACCAAGAUCAGACCUGAGUCAAAACCAAGAGUAAGAAGCUUAACCGGCACCACUCAGACAUCCCUAGAGAAAGGUUUUUAAAGGCAGAUGUACUUGAUGAGGCUUUUUCUCUUUUUUGUCUUUCAAACAUUGGGUGGUCCCAGUUUGGAGUCAUUUUGCUUUUAUUUAUGACUGAAUGAUGGUGAUUUUCAUUAGCCACCUGACUCUUCCAGGUUCUUCAAUGCUAACUAUCCCUGAAAAGAGAGAGAACUGAGAAUCUGCUCCCUCUGAAAUCUGAAACAGAAAGCAGCCUUAAAGGAGUGAGGAUGGAAUAGUCAGGUGCGGGUUUUGUUGACCGCUCUUCACCGUGUCCUUCCGUUUCAACACAGCUAUCAGAAAAACUUCAUGGCGUAAACCUCUCAACAGAUGGUACUUUCGUGAAUGGGAAGGAGAGGCAGAUACUUGAGAUAUCUCCAAGGCCUUGGUUCUAACGGAAAUCGGCCCCAAACGUGAUCCUGCCACUCUGAAAUUGUUCCUGAGCAACAUGGAGAGGUUACUGCAUGCCAAAGCUCAUGGGGUCCGAGUGAUCGGGAGCUCCACCUUGGCGCUCUGCCACCUGGCCUCAGGGGCCGCGGACGCCUAUUACCAGUUUGGCCUGCACUGCUGGGACCUGGCCGCUGCCACAGUCAUCAUUAGAGAGGCAGGUGGCAUUGUGAUGGACACUUCAGGUGGACCUCUCGACCUCAUGUCUUGCAGAGUGGUUGCUGCGGGCACCCGAGAAAUGGCGACGCUCAUAGCUCAGGCCUUACAGACGAUUAACUACGGGCGGGAUGAUGAGAAGUGAAAGGGAGCAGAGAGGCAGAGAAAUGCGACCCACGGACUGGGCCUUCCCGGGAAUGCUGGGGCUGGCGGCGAGCCCGAGGGAUGAAGCUGCCUCGAGCGGUCUGCACGCAUCAAGUGUCUCUGACAAGCCCCAAAGGGAGGUGUUAUGCUAAAGUAUGUGGCUUUCUGGUUAAAUCCACGUCUUUCACCGGGAUGCAGUGUUUAGCUGGUGUCUCUCUUUAAUCUCACAGAGCCUUUAUCAGGCUCAUACAAGUUCUUCUAUCAGGACCAAAACCCCAAUUUUGGAUGAUGUACAUAUUAAAAAUUCAGUCUCUAUUUUUUCCCUCCAGAAUGUAAAUCUCAGGUAAUGCGGCUUUAGAACUGCUGAUGAAGCGGACUUGUUCUCAGGCCCUCCCCCAUGGUACUUCAGAAUGCAAUAAAUCAAAGUAAUGGCGCUCUGCUUA